GCAGAAGCACUUGCGCGGUCAAGACAGGGUUAGCAAGGUUUAUUUUUGUUUGUUAAAAAAAAUCCCACUUCCUUUUUUUCAAGUCUUAUAUAGAAUUUGCAGUGAAGAAUCUGAUGAGAAUGCAAAGCAGGAGAGGCUUGAUAGAAUUUCACGGAUGACUGAGAUGGAGGACCUUCAGGCACCUCAUGAUCACCCUCUUGCUCCACUUUGUAUCAAGGAUCCUCGUGAUUACUUUGAUUCCCAACAACUUAAAACUUCUGAUGAUACACGGGCUGGAACAGAACAAUUAAGAUGUAGCCUGAGCUCUGAGGAAGCAUAUGGUUCUUUUAUGGGUUCAGUAUCGGAGAUAAUGGCUGUGGGCUUAAGUGAUCCCAUAGUCAGACCUGAGGUUGCUGUUAUGGUUAUAAUAUCUUUAUUUUGUGCCAGCCUUAAGAUUUUAGAAAUAAUAUUACUUAUCCCCAAAAAUCCCCGAAAAAAGUGAUAUGCUAUCAUAUAUAUGAUGCAUAAUUAAACUGUAUAAUUUGUAGGAUUCAGAUCCUUAAUGGAUUGACCCAGAACAUUUCAAGUACCAAAUGUCAGCUUGGGAAGAAUGCUCAAAAGAGUAUACUAAACAGCUUGCCCGACACAACUAAAGAG